AUGUUUCUCACCCGGUCUGAGUACGACAGGGGCGUGAAUACUUUUUCUCCUGAAGGAAGAUUAUUUCAAGUCGAAUAUGCCAUUGAAGCUAUCAAGCUUGGUUCCACAGCCAUCGGGAUCCAGACAUCAGAGGGUGUAUGCCUAGCUGUGGAGAAGAGAAUAACCUCUCCACUCAUGGAGCCCAGCAGCAUUGAGAAAAUUGUAGAGAUUGAUGCUCACAUAGGUUGUGCCAUGAGUGGGCUAAUUGCUGACGCUAAGACUUUAAUUGAUAAAGCCAGAGUGGAGACACAGAACCAUUGGUUCACCUACAAUGAGACCAUGACUGUGGAGAGUGUGACUCAGGCUGUGUCGAAUCUGGCGCUCCAGUUUGGAGAAGAAGACGCAGACCCAGGUGCCAUGUCCCGUCCCUUUGGAGUAGCACUGUUAUUUGGAGGAGUUGAUGAGAAAGGACCCCAACUGUUUCACAUGGACCCAUCUGGAACCUUUGUACAGUGUGAUGCUCGAGCAAUUGGCUCUGCCUCAGAGGGUGCCCAGAGCUCCUUGCAAGAAGUUUACCACAAGUCUAUGACACUGAAAGAAGCCAUCAAAUCUUCACUCAUAAUCCUCAAACAAGUAAUGGAGGAGAAGCUGAAUGCAACUAACAUAGAGCUAGCCACAGUGCAGCCUGGCCAGAAUUUCCACAUGUUCACAAAGGAAGAACUUGAAGAGGUUAUCAAGGACAUUUAA